GUGGCGGUUAUGACCAUCGUUAAAUGUAGAAAAUAACAGAAUCGCCCAGUCUUUGGAAGCAGUGUCAUCUGGAACAACAAUGGACAUACAUAUUAUUUUUUACAUAUUUGCGACCCUCGCUGCUUUGUGUCACGGGGACCAGGAGCCCAUGGUGCGAGAAACGCGUGUGGUGAAUGGACGUACGAUCCGGCGCUCUGAGUGGCCCUUUCUGGUGUCCCUGCACUACCUGAAACCGUUCCCGUUCACUCGGAACACCCAUAUGAAACAUUUGUGUGGCGGGACGCUUAUUCACCCCGAAUGGGUCCUAACGGCUGGACAUUGCGUCGGGUUUUUUGAGGAGCUGUCCGACGUUGGCAAUUGGAAAGUAGUGCUUGGUGAACACAAUCAGUACCUGAAAGACCCCGGGGAGCAGACAGUCGACCCUGAGAAGUUCGUCGUCCACCCGGACUUCCAACCUCACGACACACACACCCUGCUCAACGACAUAGCACUGAUUAAGCUGUCACGUGCGGCGAACGUUAGUACGACAUACGUACGCGAGAUUCCGGUGACCUCACAGAAGGUUGAAGAGCUCACCAAGUGCCAGAUAGGUGGCUGGGGGCAGGUCUCCAACGAGCCGUACGGUUACGGGAUGUACAUCCCGUUGAAGACAACACUGUUCGUCCUCAACAACGCCACUUGCAGCCUUAUAUAUGGCGAAGUAGAAUACGAGGAGGGUGGCAUCCGGAUGGUCGUAGAUGACAGCGUCAUCUGCGCCGGCAUUCCCGACGCCGCGCGGACCGGUGUCUACCUUGACGAAGACGGAUAUAACGAUGCAUGCAACGGUGACUCUGGAUCACCGCUAAUUUGCCCGACUGGACCGGAAGGCAGCUUCGAGGUGGCGGGCGUGGUCUCCGCCGGGAAGGGGUGUGGCACGGGGAAAUUUCCUGGUCUCUACACCAAGGUUUCUCACUUCUAUGAGUGGAUCAACCAAGUCAUCAAUAAUGAAUAAUUCAAAUGUACAUGUCAGACUGUGUGUCUACCUCGUUAUCUCAUAUAUACAACUAUGGGUGCACAUGGAAACGUAUUAAGGCAAACAUUACAUCUUGCAUUUCGACCUGUACAUCUUGCAUUCUAACUUGUACAUCUUGCAUUCUGACUUGUACAUCUUGCAUUCUAACUUGUACAUCUUGCAUUCUGACUUGAACAUCUUGCUUUAUUGCCUUAAUUCCUUUGGGGCAUGUGUAUUGCUAGCUUCGUUAAAGUUCUUUCGUGUAACUUGGCUGGUCCUUAAUUGACAUUCAACUUUUGCCUAAUAAUACGCUUUCGUUUCUCAAUUUAUUCAUUAAUCUCAGAUAUAAUCGUGGUAAAUAUUCUUAAUUUAGCUAGCGUUUAACUCUUGUCAGUUUCAUAUCUACUUCCUUUCCUGGCUUAGUUUUCGACAAAAGUCAACAAGCCGAAUUUAGUAGCAAGCAUGAUGCAAUACAUAAUACGAGUGUUCCAUAUAAAACUCCAUUUGGCAUUGCGCUUAUAAUGGCGGUAGUUUUCGUAUUUUUUAAAAGAAUAGAUUUUAGAUACGGGACGUUUCAGGUCAAGAGUUUCCGUCCAGCUCCGUAUUAUUUUACGAACUUGCUCCCUCUAGUGUCAAAAAACGGAGCUGUUUUAUAUUCUGCUUCGUGACAUGUUACAAAAUGCUUGCUUACAUGUGCUUUCAGGAGAAUGUGAAGUUUCUGAAAGAUUUGUAACACAUUAUCACACCACCGGUGUUAACUUUGAAAAUAAACUGAAUGGAAUGUAGCCUCAAGUAAGAUGACAAAUAUAACUUAUAAUCCUACAGUUGCUCAGAUGACGAAUUAAGGAUGCAAGCUCACAAAGCAAGAUGCAAGUCAUAAUAUCAGAAAUCAAGAAAGUAAAUGUCAGAAAGCAAAAUGUACAUGUCAGAACACUAGAUGUAAUGUACGUUUAAAUACCCAUCCAUAAGAAAACAGACGAGUGUGUCUUGGGAAUUAUUUUAAGUACAAUAAGUCAGGCUUUUUUUCAUUUAUUACUUUUAAUCAUACAGGUGGAUUAAGUGUUUUGACUAAAAAAAACUAAACAGCUGAACAUUAACAGAAUCUUGGUUGAUUUUGUUUUGAAAUCGCAAAUAAAUGAAUUCAUGUAAAUCGUAUAAUAAACAAAAUAUUAACUACUUUUAACAUAUCAAUACAUUUGCAGUUGUG